AUGACGAACCUGAAAUCUACUUUGCCAGUGCUUCUGACGGCACUGUUGUCCUCGGUCCUGUACUUCCGAGGCACAGAGCUGCUCAUGAUGUAUAACAAUGCCCCAGGUCGCCUGCCAGAGAUCAAUACCUUUAAAAGCCAUGAGAUUAAAUUUGCAGACCGAGUGCGGAGCUGUGAGGAUGCGCUGAUACUGGAGAGCCGUGGCCAGGCCAUCUUGGCAUGCGAUCCCGGACGAGAGCGAUGGAACACAGUCAUGGGCAUAUUUCUCCCCGGUCCUGUUGUUAGUGCCUCUCUAUACAUAUACGACUACAAAGACGCCUCCGAGCCAGACAACAAGUCCCUUCGACAAGUCAAGAUCACCAACUUCCCCGGCAUCGCCGACUUUCACACCCUCGGAAUGGUAUACGACGAAGAGACAUCCACCUUGUUCGCCGCCAACCACGCCAAAGCCGGUCCCAGAAUCGAAGUCUUCCACUUAGACCUCGACAACCUCGUAGCCACACACACCGGCACGAUCCAGCACCCUCUCAUCCAUGGACCAAACUCAAUCGCCCUCGUGAACAGCAGAGAGCUCUACGUCUCCAACGACCACCACUUCCUAGCGAAGCAGUCAUUAUUUCUUGCCAGGACAGAGACCUUCCUCGGCCUUCCCUUGGGAUCACUCGUACACGUCAAGCUCAGCAAAAAUUCACCAGCCAAGGUCGAGGAGGCAAAGGUCGUUGCGCGUGCAGGGUUCGCAAACGGCGUUGAGAUUCUCAAUAGCACCACUGUUGCUCUGGCAGCGACAAGCCGAGGCGCGAUAUACUUGUACGAGCGCCAUGGUGACGGAUCGCUGACUUACAAGUCGUCUAUUCGCGUGCCUUUUCUUCCAGAUAACUUGUCUGUCCAUGGGGGCAAGCUUAUUAUCGCAGGCCAUCCCCAUGCGCCGUCUCUUACCAAGUUUACUGCGACACGACAUGUGUGCAAUGAUGCAGUGGAGUUGGCCAAGGCGAGCGAUGAGAUGAAGAGGUACUGUGAGACUGGUACGGCUACGUCGUGGGCAGCAGAGUGGAGUGAAAAGGAUGGGCUGAGGAGUCUGUAUGCUGGGACGGAGUAUCCUACCAGUGCGACUGCGGCGAGGGAUUCUAAGAGGGGAGUUGGUAUUAUUGCCGGAUUGUAUGCCAAGGGGAUUUUGGUUUGGCGAGAGUGA